UGUUAUGGGGUUAGCGUGAGAGGAUCGACAAUUUUAUCCACCCUUCCCUACCAGUUAAACCAGUAACUCUGGAUAAAGCACAAUCAAGCAGUUUUUACCCUUGUGGUCCCUGAUGGCUUCGCACAGUGAUACUCUGGUGGUGUUCUUUGGGGCAACAGCUGGUGCAAAUGGGUUUAAACUGGGGUCGGAUGAGAGGGAAAUAAUUCUGUUGGUGUGGCAAAUUGUGGAUCUACGUGAUAAAAAGGUGGGGAAACUUCAACAGCGUUUAAUCAGACCAGACACAUUGGAGCUUACAGAAGAGUGUAAAGAGGAGACAGGAUUGACUACAGAUGAACUGUUUAAAGCUGAACCUCUGGACACAGUGCUUCAACAGUUUCAACAGGCUGUGUCUGUAGAAAUUAAGGCUCUGGGCAGGAGCUCCUACAGACUGUGUGUAGAUGGACCCCUUCUGAUCCGACAAGCACUUCACCCUGAGGCCUCCAAAAAGAAUCUGGCGUUGGCUGAGUGUUUCUAUUCAUUUGUGGAUUUAAAAAGAGAGUUUCAUAAAUGCUGUCCCAACGCCGGUCCGGUAAAGGACCUUACCCUGCCUUCCAUGCUCGACUAUUUAUGUCUCCCUGCUGUAAGCAGGCAGGAGUCUGGUGUGAAGGAGGUGAAGAGCAUGGUGAUGAUUCUCCAGCACAUCCUGGCUGAACCAUACAAUCACAAAAUUUGUUCAUUCGAGAACGUCCAGUUUAAGCUGGAAUCUGGAGCUUGCAGUAAGACUGAAGCGGUGGACAAUGAGACAGUAAUCAGAGCCAGGGGGUUGCCAUGGCAAUCUUCUGAUCAGGACAUCGCUCGCUUCUUCAAAGGACUUAACAUUGCAAAAGGUGGCGUGGCGCUUUGCCUAAAUUCUCAGGGUCGCAGAAAUGGUGAGGCUCUGGUGCGCUUUGUAAAUUCAGAACACAGAGACAUGGCACUGGAACGGCACAAACACCACAUGGGCAGCAGAUACAUAGAGGUAUAUAAAGCAACAGGAAAUGAUUUCCUAAGGAUUGCUGGAGGUACAUCUAAUGAGGUGGCACAGUUCCUAUCCCAGGAGAAUCAGCUGAUCAUACGGAUGCGGGGCCUGCCCUUUACUGCCACGCAUCAGGAUGUGCUCGGCUUCCUGGGCCCCGAGUGCCCUGUGACCGAUGGGGCAGAGGGGCUGCUUUUUGUUAAAUACCCAGACGGAAGGCCCACCGGUGAUGCCUUUGUUUUGUUUGCAUGUGAGGAAUAUGCCCAGAAUGCCCUGAAAAAGCACAAGCAAAUACUGGGGAAGAGAUAUAUUGAACUGUUCCGCAGUACAGCAGCUGAGGUUCAGCAGGUACUGAAUCGCUACAUGUCCACUCCACUGAUCUCCACGCUUCCUCCUCCCAUGUUUCCUGUGCCUCUGCUCACCACUCCUCCAUUUAUCACUACAUCCAGCACUAGAGACUGUGUGCGGCUGCGUGGUUUACCCUACUCCGCUGCCAUCGAGGACAUCCUGGAGUUUAUGGCAGAGUACACUGUAGAUAUAAAACCCCAUGGUGUCCAUAUGGUGCUUAACCAGCAGGGGCUGCCUUCUGGUGAUGCUUUCAUUCAGAUGAAGUCAGCAGACCGCGCCUUUAUGGUAGCUCAGAAGUGCCAUAAGAAGAUGAUGAAGAAACGUUAUGUAGAGGUGUUCCAAUGCUCUGCUGAAGAGAUGAGUUUCGUGCUUAUGGGAGGAACUCUGAACCGCAGUGGACUGUCCCCUCCACCAUGCAAACUGCCCUGCCUUUCACCGCCAACCUAUGCCACAUUUCCUGCUCCAGCGACUAUGAUUUCUACCGACGCAGCCCUGUAUCAGCCUCCUCUGCUAGCCACUCCGAAAACUCCACAGCUCCCCCCACACAGUCCGGCUCCAGCCUUUGCUUACUAUUCUACUCAGCCACAGGUUUACAUGAAUAUGAACUACACUUCCUACUACCCCAGUCCUCCCGUAUCACCAUCCACGGUGAGCUUCUUCGCAGCUCCUCCAGGAUCAAUAGCAGCUCAGCCUGCUUCUCCCAUUCCCCCUCAGCCUGGUGCUCUGGUGCGCAUGCAGGGACUGGCUUACAGUGCCAGUGUUAAAGACAUUCUCGGCUUCUUCCAGGGUUACCAGUAUGCUCCUGAGGAUUACAGCACUGUGCUGGGAGUGAGCGAUCAGGCCCGUGCUUUGGUCCAACCCAAAGAGUGGCUCUGCCUGUAGGUGGUGCUCCUCCAGCUCCAGGCAGACUCUGUGCUCAUCCUAUAUAACCUGAGUGGCCAGAGGAGCAAGGAGGCACUUGUCACCUUUCCCAGCGAGGAAGCAGCAAGGCGGGCUGUGGCUGAACGUUCCAACCUCCCCCUGUCAGGUCACCCCGUCCGCCUCAUAUGCUGCGAAUGAGCAAAACGCUUACCACUUCAGCAAGCUGACGGAAGGAAUGCACUUCAUGUGAAUACAGACAGUCACAGGCAGUCUUUUCUCCAUUUCUAAUGCGCUGCUGCUGGGGAGAGGGACCUAGCAUGGCAAUACAUGAACUCUGUAUAUAUGUAUUUAUACCUUAUAUUCAGCUAUCGUCAAAGUGCCUUGUAUGUGUAGGUAAAUGAUAUAAUAUGCAUAGGCCUUGUGUAAAAUCUUCUUAGCUCUUCUUGUGGGUGAAUUUUCACCGAGUAUGAACUGUGUUUAACUCCUACUGCUCCAGAAAGCCAUUCAAAGUGCAAUAUACGCCUGGACCUGACAUAAGAAGGGAAUUAAAACACUACUGAAUAUUUUAGGGCUGUGUUUGAUGCCACUACUGAAUGUACAGUGAGCUUGUACAAAGCCACUUGCUUUAAAAUCUAAUGACUAUUAAUAAUUGCUGCAUGUUCGAUUUCUUUGCCGUUAUAGACCAUAGGAUGCCUGAAUGAUUGGAUGUUACUGUGUGAUUUACAUGAGUGCGUGCCUCCGCCUUACUGGAACCAAGUUGAAUCAUUUUCAGUACAGAACAGUUUUAUUUAAGUUGAGAACCAAUUUAAAUUAGCCUCAGAUCUGCAUGCUUUUUUGAUAGCCUUUAUUAAUGGUGGUCAUGUAUUUUGUUUUCUACUGAAUUGAGUGCAUCUGGAAAAGCAUUAAGUGCCAUUGGCUUUUGUUUUUUCAGUUUUUCUUUUUCUGCUUCAUGACAAAUUGCUACAUUGCUACAUGACAAAGUGCAAUAAAAGCAGAACAAAGCUUAGCAGGCCUUUUUGGCAACUAUUUUUUUAAACAAGUUUAAAGCUUGUAUGAUUCUAGAGAUAACCCUUAAGUGAUGUAUAUGUAAGCAAUAAAAUAUUAUUCUGAAAA